AUGGACAAGCCUUCGAGGACUCGCAUUCUUGAGCGUGAGGUCCAGCGUGGGACAUGGAUACCUCUUGCCGAGGCGCGAGCAUUGGCGGACAAGAACAACGUUCUCGAGAAGCUACGUCCGCUGUUCGACUUCAUGACGGGCGAUGCCAGCCCUCCCCCGGCACCUAAACACACCACAGCGGCAUCCAAACCACGCGCGCAGAAGGGGGCUGCGACUGGACGUCGAGCUCCAGCAGGGUCGACUCGUGGUUCGUUUACGACCGUCAACCAGCGCAUGGCACCUGUGCAGCCCGCACCAGCUACUACCACUUCAAUCGGAGGCAGCUACAGCCAUGAGCAAUACAACGUCAAUCAGUCUUUCAACGAGAACUCGUCCGUAAUGCAAGGAAGCCCUGAGACCUCCUCCAUCAUGGCAGACGAUGACCUAGCUCAGAUGUCCCCCGAGUCAACCCAAUCUCGCAAACGCAAGCGGGGGGCCAACGAUGUCUCCAUGAGCAUCAUAGAGCAGAACCACAUACUAUACGGUGACCAAUUGCUGGACUACUUCAUGACCGUUGGCGAUGAUCCGAGUGCCUCCCGCGUGCUCCCCCCGAUGCCGCCCGCACACUUCCAGGUCGACCGGCCGAUCGAUGACCAGGGCAAUACCGCACUGCAUUGGGCCUGCGCUAUGGGCGACAUCGACAUAGUCAAGGAUCUCAUUAGCCGAGGCGCAGAUGUGCGUGUACGGUCGAACCACGACGAAACGCCACUUGUUAGAGCAGUCUUGUUCACCAAUAACUACGAGAAGCGUACAAUGGCAGAGUUGGCCGACCUGCUGCACAGCACACUCACGUUCCGCGACUGGUUUGGUGCAACGGUCUUUAACCAUCUUGCUGCAACGACACGGAGUAAAGGGAAAUGGAAGAGUUCUCGGUACUACUGCCAGACGCUCAUCGAUAAGCUGUCCCAAAUCUUUCCUAAACAUGAAAUCUCGCUACUUCUUUCCUCACAGGAUGCGAAUGGGGACACGGCGGCCCUCACAGCAGCGAAGAAUGGGUGCUACAGGCUCGCCACUACGCUGUUGGCACACUGUCCGGAAGCAGGUGAUUUGCAGAACAGACACCAUGAGACUGCCAAUGAGGUGUUGAUGGCACUGUACAAGCGGCGCAAGGAGAACCCCCCUCCUCCGUCGUCCGUAACGUACGCCCAAGACAUCGAUGGCGAGGGCGAGGAUGCCGUUACCACGCCUACGGCAGGCACCUAUACCGGAUCCGCAGUUGCUACAGAGGCAACCAACGCACUUCUAGUCCGAAUUGGUUCUAUAAUGGCCGAAGCCAACAGACGUCUUGCCCGCGCGUACGGAGAGGCUAAAACCCCACCGCAGAGCAGUGGUGGAGAGGACAUGACCAACCCCAAGGGCCUGUAUGAACAAUUGGAGUCUGACAGAGCGAGUAUCCGCGCCCAAACGGAAGGGUUGCUAGCCAAGGAAGCAGAAGGUGAAGAUCUCGAUGCCUUGCUCGCACGCUUCAACGAGAUAAAAUCCAAGUACGAGUCGUUACUAAACCAGACUCAUGACCUGGAACUUACAUCCUUAUACGAGGCGAAUGGCGUUAGCGACGAGGCAGCCGACUCGGAUCCGAAUCGUGGACUAGCACCGGAAGAAAUGGUAGAGCUAUACACGCUCGCAGACGAACUGGCUCAAGCACAGGCUGACCGUGCCAAAGCCGUAGCCCAACUGAUCCGACAACGAGCGGACGCAGGCGUCAGCACCAAACUGGAUGUGCAUAGAAAAUUAGUCUCAUUAGCCACCGGUCUGGCAGAGGACGAGCUAGAUCCGAUGAGCAGCGAACUGGCAGACGCACUAGAGUUUGACCGCGCUAAUGAGAAGAGAUCCGGACCCGGACCCAUGCCCAGUACUGCCCGACAGCUCAUGGCCGGUAGGGAAACAGAACCAGAAACACCUGGGACCGGCAGUCGGAGUGUCAGCCGUAAUGGCAGUGGUAAUGGUAGUGGCAAUGGCAACGAUAGCGGGAAUCCAAACGGGCUGGAAUCGACCGCGGGUAUCGACAUGGACCAUACCGCCGAAGCUGCCUCUGCGGCUGCCUGA